AUGGAUGACGUUCACUUUGGAAUUCUGGAAUCUUGUAAUGGCCUGCUCUAUUUACUUGAUGAUUAUCGGAAGCAAGUUAUUGGGAAAACGAUCCUGGGUAAUUGCCAAAACCCACAAGUUCCGCUCUGGCUUUAUUACAAGUUCUCUACUGAUGAUUAUGGAGGGUUAUUUGGCAAGAAGUUUACUGAUAAUGAUUCUAAAGAAUCUACAUUUGAGAAUCUUUUGGAAUGGUUGGGAAGCCUUAAUGAAGUUUAUGUACUUGUUGCAUUUGAUAUGGUGGAGGAAAAUUUCAAGGAAGUUCUACUAUUGCGGCAUCAUUUCAAACCUAAAACUCAUUCAUCUUUGACAAGAUUGUUCAGUUUACCUGACAACAGACUUCCUGAAUAUGGAAACAAACAAUGGACAAGUUUUCAUGGACUCUAA